CCUCUCCCGACCUCCAUCACCUGCCUUCACAUCCAUCCGCUCAGCCGGAAAUCCACCUCUCUCCGGCGGUUUCUCUUCCUCUUGACCUUCCGGCCGCCGGAGCCUCUCAAUUCUCUACUGAACCUUCCUCCUUUUCUCUGUUUCCUCACAAGCAAUUUCAGAAAUGGCUUCCUCAAUCUACUACUUAUCUCCCACACUCCCCAUCCCACCACCAAAAUUUUCGCUCUCGCUCCCGCUCCCGCCUUCGCAGGUGAGACCACCGAACUCCGUUUUCGUGCCAACGUCCGCUUCAUUUCUCUGCUCUUCGGGUUCGAAACUCCGCAAGAAGAACGGCUACAGGAACGACGGGGCGCUGUUCACCCUAUCUUGCUCCACCUCUGCCUCGCCCUUCUUCGGCAGAGUUGGCUCCCAGCAAAGGGAAGGGAACUCUUCUCUCUUGUACUUCGGGGCCAAUUACCCGAAUGCGGAGGCGGCCAAGACUGACGCCUCUCAGGUUUUGUCGGCAAUGCUCCCGUUUGUCGUUGCCGCCACUGCCGUCGCGGCUCUCGCUCAGCCGUCCACUUUCACUUGGUGAGCCGUACGAAGUGCUCUCGUCUUUUCGAUUCCUGUCUUUCUUGUUGUUUUCCUGAUGGAGCGCUCCCACUGGGCUGGACGGACUCUCGGUUCGUGCUUGCCCUGCCCACCACGUAUUUGAUAAAUUGUUUCUUGAGGGGUUACUUUGCGAUGAGAAGGUUUUUUGGUUAACAAGGAACGAUAUAGCUUCUGAGUUUUCAAUAUUUUAUAGCAUCUCUAUCUUUGGAAGAUUGCUUUGUGAAUGAUUUUGGGGUAAUUCUUUAUUCCUUUGCGCUCUGGCCGUGUAGGGAAUAAUAAUUUAAUUAUAUUAAUAGUUUCCUUUGUUCUUCUGAUCACCAUGGUUUGUCCUGCUAAGUUCGAGAAACGUUGUUGUGGUCGCAACUUUCCAAUUCUGUACUGGUUGUUUAUGUUUCUUGGAUCUUCUUUGUGAAUGAGAAACUGGUUUUACUCUAACUAUCUGUUUUUGGGCUCACACUUCCCCCCUUUAGCUGUAAGAGGAGUCCAAAACUAGUCCUUCCUAGGGGCUUUUCUACCAGAAUGCUUGUUAGAUUGGAGAAGGGGUAAUGUGGUAUUGGAUUCGAAGGAGUUGGAAUCAAGGAGUGUGUUCUUUUAAGUGUAUUACAGCGUUACGAGUUUUUUAUUUGGAGCUCAUAAGACUAUGUAAUGGGAGGGUAUCAAAGGAGAUGUAUGCUCCAGCUCUUGGUGGAAUCAUGCUGUCAAUAGGAAUUAGACUCUCCAUUGAUGAUUUUGCUCUUGCCAUGAAAAGACCUUUACCACUGUCUGUUGGGUUUAUCGCGCAGUAUGUGCUCAAACCGGUCCUUGGGGUAUUCAUUGCAAAGGCAUUAGGCAUGUCCCAGAUGUUCUAUGCUGGAUUUGUUCUCACCUCAUGUGUUGCGGGGGCACAGUUAUCUAGCUAUGCUAGUUUUUUGAGCAAAGGCGAUGUGGCACUGAGCAUUCUCCUAACUAGCUCAAGCACCAUUGCAUCAGUACUUGUCACACCUCUUUUAACUGGCCUUCUGAUUGGCUCUGUUGUUCCAGUUGAUGCUGUUGCAAUGUCGAAGUCAAUCUUGCAGGUUGUUCUUGUUCCGGUCUCUCUUGGUCUUGUGCUCAAUUCAUAUGCAAAGCCAGUUGUAAAUCUGAUCCAACCUGUGAUGCCAUUUGUGGCUAUGGUGUGUACUUCGUUAUGUAUUGGUAGCCCUCUAGCAAUCAAUAGAACCCAAAUUCUGUCUCCAGAGGGUCUCGGGCUUGUUCUUCCAGUACUGACAUUUCAUGCAGUGGCAUUCACAGUGGGCUAUUGGGUCUCCAGGAUUCCAGCUUUCGGGCAAAGUGAAGAAGUAAGCAGGACAAUAUCACUGUGCACAGGGAUGCAAAGCUCAACACUAGCAGGUCUUCUGGCAAGCCAGUUCCUUGGAAGCAGCCAAGCUGUUCCACCGGCAUGCUCGGUAGUUGCCAUGGCAAUCAUGGGUCUGUGUCUCGCAUCUUUCUGGGGAAGUGGUUGCCGGAUAAGAGACCUACUGUCCUCCUUCAUUCCGCAAUUCAGCUCCAUCGUAGAGGCUUAGCCCCAUUAAGGUAGGGGCUUUAGCAUCAAUAGGAAUACCCUCUGCAGCAGUGAAUGGGGUUUAUUAUUAGUUUGUAUUAACGCCUCAACUUGGAGAAGGAAUAGUAAGUAUAGGAAAAUUAGCAUAUAGGAGAUCAGCGGAGCAUGGUGGAAACGGGAAACAAGCAGAGCGGUGUUGUAUAGUUAGAAAAAGAAAAGGCUGUUUUCCUUCCCCCUUUGCCCAUUGUAUAUACGUGCACUUACCAGAGUGUAUAGUAUAAUUGUCUCUUCGUUAGUUCUAACUUCUAAGUACCAGGUGGCAGUUUAUAUGUUUGGAGCUAAUGUUCAAUUUCCUUUUUUACCAAGACAGCAUGACUAGUGGUUAGUGACACUGAAUUUUAUGCUUAGUGGUUUGGUUGUGAUUUGCGAAUGUUAUAUUUAGUGACUGACUGCUA